UGAUGUUUAGUAAUCCGUGGGAAGAAGAAUGUGUGCGGUUUAUGUUGUUAGCGUUGCUUUGGGAGUUUCUGGUGUAAUAUUAUACAUAAGUGAACAUUUUAGAAAUAUCUUACGUUAAGAACACAGAGGCAUGGGUUGCAAUGAAAGAAGAACAUGAAAGAACUCCCCUGAGAACAAUUUUACAGAAUUUCCUAAACCAUAUUGAGAGUUUGGAAAUCCAGAGAAUAGAGGAUAGUUAUGAGAAGGAAUUUCAGGAAUUAAAAUUCUUCAGUGAAAUUUUGAAGACCUUGAAACAAUAUUCUUGCUCGGAAGGUGAGAAGGAAGUAAACCGGAAGAAAAAUCGCUAUAAAGACAUUCUCCCUUUUGACAGCAGCCGGGUCAUUUUGAGUGAAUAUGCUGGGGUGCCAGGCAGUGACUACAUCAAUGCCAACUACAUCAAAGGGGCUAGUGGAUCCCCGGCAUACAUUGCGUGUCAGGGGCCACUGCCUCACACUGUUAAUGACUUUUGGCGAAUGGUGGUGGAAUGUGAGGUGCAAGUCAUUGUUAUGGCGUGUAAUGAAGAAGAAGCUGGGAAGCAUAAAUGUGAAAAUUACUGGGUGGAACGAGAAGGUGAAGAGAAGCAGUUUGGUAUGGUCACCAUACGCUUGGUGAAAGCUAGUACUGUAUGUCCAGACUUCCUUGUACGUACUAUGCGCCUCAAGUACACUAGCAGUCAAUUGCCUCAUGUUUCAGAGGAACGAACAGUAUGUCAGUUUCAUUAUUCAGCAUGGCCAGAUCAUGGCGUACCUCCUUUAGUGCGACCACUGUUGGAUAUGGUGAGGUUGGUUCGUGACACCCAAGCUUCCGAGACUCUGCCAGUCUUAGUUCAUUGCUCAGCAGGUUGUGGACGAACUGGUACCAUAUGUGCUAUUGACUAUGUGUGGGGUCUUCUUCGAGCUGGAAAACUCAACAAGGACUUCAGCUUAUAUAAACUGGUUCAAGAUAUGCGAAAACAGCGGAUUGCCAUGGUACAGACCAAAGAACAAUAUGUUCUGGUUCAUCAGGCUGUGAGAGAACUUUUCCGUGAACAAUUGCGCAUGAUUGAUUCUCAUCCCUAUGAGAACAUUGAUGCAAAUGGAAUGCCAUUAGUAAAAGAGGAACAAGAACCGAUGUAUGCCUGCCCCACCAUAGCCGAUCCUGCAGAAAAUUGUAGUGAAGAAAAACAAGAUGGAAAGGAAAAAGAAUUUGAAGAAAAAAUUCCUCCUCUACCACAGAAGAAAAGAGGUCAUAUUGCAUCUUCCAAACAGGAAAAAGAAGUUGAAAAUUUAACUGAGAAGCAGAGGUCCAUUGUAGAGCAGUCAUCUGCAAGCAUGUCUUACAAACCUCGAAUUGCUAAGUUGAAGGCUUUAUUUGAACGUAGCCCAGCAACAAGGGAAAGUAGAAGUUCACAGUCUAAACAGCGGCACUGUCAGCAGGUUUCUCGAAGUCAUUCACUUGGUGCUGUCCGUGUCAGGACUGACAGUCAAGAAGACCAAGUGGUUGUAAAAGCAGAAGGACAGAGAGAGAGUAAUGUGAAUAGCCCUGUUUUAUGCCAUGCAACUGUGCAUGUUCCCCAGAUUACCACAAUACAGGGAUCCUAUCCAACUGUCAGGCCAACUCUUCCUGUCAAACGUAGUAAGUCACUGAAAGUUUUAGGUAGCAACCAACAUCGUAAACUUUCUUUAGCCACAGGUGUAAGCCCUCUUACACCAUUAAAUAUGUCAGAUGAUAUGGUUAGCUCAGAGAAGAAUGCCACAUCUGUGAAACCGGCAGAUAGAAUUCUAUCACACCGAGGUGAAAGUGCAUCAAAUUUGAAACCUUUAGUUCCUCCAAAGAAAUAUUUGACAGAUAGGAGUGGAGAAGUUAGUAUAAAUGAGCCUGAUGUUGACAGCAGUAGAUCUUCAGAGCAAGAUGAUAAACACUGUAUAUCUCAGACACAGUUAGACUGGAUGAAUCGUUAUGAAGACAAUAGAGUGGUUCCUAGAAGAAGGCGGAGUUUGGAAUCUGUUAACUUUGAGGAUGUGGCAGUACCUGGAGGAAGUGGUCUUAACCAUCAUGAUCCUGUUUUACCACCACCACAGCAAUUGAAACUUACAGGUGGUGUUGCCUGUAAGGUGCUGCAGGGCAGCAAAAAUUACCUUGUUAGCAAUGUGAAAUGCAAUGUUUCAUGUGAUCAGCUGGAGAAGAAAGUGCAGAAUUGUGAGGCUGCUGAUAGUUUAACAAUAGAAGCUCAGAGGAAAGUAAAUGCUAUUGUUGCAGGCUUGGGAGUGCGAGAACGAAGGAACAGUUUUCGACAGGCUGUGGGCACCAGUCGAGAAGUAGAGGUGAGAUCAAAUGGAAAGUUGAGAGAGUAUGAGGCAAUUUGGCCUAGUGUUGGUAAUGUUAUUGCACCUCCAUUGAAUGGGAGCAGUGUGCAGACACAAGACAAUUUUUCCUCAGGGUCAUAUGUAAAUGUUAUCUCAGAAAACAGUUCUACUGCAGAUUUAAUGCGGUCCCAGUUACUGCAAACAAAAGUGAAGUCAGGUAAUUGGUUUCAGGCACGACAUCCUCGAGACCCCAUAGGUGACAAACUUCAACAUCCAGAUGAAAGGAAACACAUUCCUUUUUCCAGUGUACUGAUAAACAGUAGUGUAAGCCAGAUUAAAGGACUAUGUAGGGAAGGGUUAGAACCAGAGCAGAAUAUGAACAUGUAUGGGAAAGUUGGCAGUUCAAAUGUCAGACUUGGAAAACUGGGUGUUCAACCGAAACAUGUCUUAGGAAGUAAAGUGUUGAGUCCAGACAGGACUGGAUUACAUCACAAUCAUGUGGGGACUGAUCCAAAACUUAGUGCAACUAAGUCUGCUUCUAAUGGUUUUAGUUUGUCAGUUGAUGCUAGUAACAGUUUUCAGUCAUUAGCUUUGUGUAAGUUGACAGACCAAGCAUCAGAAUCUGCUGCUUUGAGGCCUAGGAAGCUUAAAAAUAUUCCAAAUUCUAGAUCUAUCAAUUUGAAGACUAAUUCAACACAAGAAAAUAGUUUGCAGACUGCAGAUGAUCAGGAGUUGAGGACACAUCCUUGGGGCGGAAUGACAGCAGCUGCAGGCAAGAUGCCAGCAAAGGAGGUCUCUUAUAAAUGUAGUCCUUCUAGUGUUCCAUGCCACAGAAAUGCAGCAGGGUUGGUUGUAAGUCAUGGACCAGGCCCAAGAAUAGGUAAUGCUGUGCAGAGCCAAUACAAGUCAGUUCUAGCAGUUGGUGGUGCCAUCUCCAGGCCUACAGAAGUUAACAGCAGCAGUCAUAUGGCUGCAUCUUUCACCCAACCUAAGAAACAGUGCAGCAUGCAAGAAGUUAGUUAUGGUUUGGUAGCGGGUGUUCAGUUGCGCCGAGGUUCCCAAGAUGAUCUAGCUUUGUGUCCUAGUCCAUCUGGUGCUGUGGGACCAGGUCCAAAUGCACCAUCUCGUGUUCGCCGUCAUGCCAGUGUUGUUCUUCUCCGCCGCAGCCUUGCAGAAACAGGAGGGGUUCAAGCGAAUUCUAGUAUUUCGCAGCCAUCUCUUGCUGUAUGGAACUCAACGAAACAAGGCAGUGGAGAUGCGCAGAACUCACACAUCCGUGAUCAAGAGGGAAUGGAUGCUUCUGGCAGUAGAGCUUGGUUGCAAGCACCAGGUGUUGAUGUUGAUACAGUUGCAGCAAGCAUUAAUCCUCAGCGUGGUGGUUUUGAAAACCAGCGUUUGUCAUCACAACCAGCUUUGGUGGUUAAGAAACAGCAUUACUUCUGAUCCUCGUAAUGAGACUACCAGCUUUAAUGUGUAGGCAUGUGUAUAAAUAUUUUCCAAGGAUGUGGAAGGAAGUACAGACUGGUUUUUAAUAUAUAUAUAUAUAUAUAUAUAGAAAACACUUGAUCAUAUGUGUGAAUUGUUUGGAUCCUUGAUUAUUUGUGAUGGAAAAUAAUUUUUAUUUUAUAUGUAGAAAGUAAUUCAUCAUAUAAUGUAAGAAUACAUAUCAGUUAACUUUGUUUGGAAAAAGAAAUUUCCGAAUUUACUGAAAAAAAAAGUCAAAUAAAUUAUCCAAUUUCA